AAGAAAGGGGAACGAAGAAGAAGAAGAAGAAGAAGUGUCAUCAUAAUACAUCCAUGGGUGUCCUGUGUUAUGUAGCUGUCAACAGUUGUUAGUAGGCGGACUAUCCAUCUAUCUCUCCUACGUAAUAUACUCUUAUGACAAUGUUCAACAUGGGGGUCUUGUGUGUCGCCAGAAGCGCGUUCACGUCCAGCCGUUGUCUCGGUGUUUACGCCAGAGCAUACACCGGUCGGUAUUUCUGCUUUACGUUUCUCUCCGGUGUUUCAGCUCCGACGGGUAUCCGUGUGAGGAGGUACAGUCAGGAGAAAAAUGUCCCCGGACAGUUUGUGUGCUAUCACCUUAAUCAUAGGACCCUGCUGAAAAUCCAGGGACAAGACACAGGCCCGUUUCUUCAGGGGAUCAUUACCAAUGACAUGGAGCUGCUGGAGGAGCCUGGACCCAGAGUCAUGUACUCACACAUGCUCAGUGUGCAGGGGAGAACGCUGUAUGACAUAAUGUUGUACAGUCUAAAAGAAGCAGAUGCAGGGUGUGGCGUUUUCCUGGAGUGUGACAAAACAAUAAAGGACUCAAUCUUGAGACACUUGAAGGUGUACAAGAUCCGCAGAAAGGUCAACUUAAACCCAUGUCCAGAGCUCUCUGUGUGGGCGGUGCUCCCCCAGCAAAAAAACCCGGGUCAGCAGGUCAGUAAACCUGAGCUGUCCUCCCCAGAAAAGGCUCUGGUAUGGGAGACAGAUCCUCGAACUCAGGAAAUGGGCUGGAGACUGGUUUUGGACAGUCAAGUUGACCCCUUGGAUAUCAUUGCAUCAUGUCAGAAAGGUGACACAGAGGAGUACCACAGACAUCGCUAUGCAAUAGGACUUCCUGAGGGAGUGAAGGACCUUCCUCCUGGGGUGGCAUUACCACUAGAGUCAAAUCUUGUAUACAUGCAGGGCAUCAGUUUCAGCAAGGGCUGUUACAUCGGCCAGGAGCUCACAGCCAGGACGCAUCACACGGGGGUGGUUCGGAAACGCCUGAUGCCAGUACGCUUGUCAGCUCCUGUUCAGGACCUCAAGGAAGGAGCCGCGCUGCAAACACAGUCAGGCAAGCCAGCUGGGAAGCACCGAGCAGGGAUUGGGGAGCUAGGCCUCAGCCUAAUCCGCCUGGCUCAUGCCAAAGAGGAGUUGAUGCUCAAAUCUUCUGACGACACCACAGUGACACUUGAGGUCUCUGUGCCAGACUGGUGGCCUAAGGAUGUGAAAAGCAACUGAGGAGGAUGUUUUAUAGCUCCCUAAAAUGUGACAUGCAUCACAACUGACAGAUUUGUCAUAGACAGAACCCUGAAGUACAGUAUGUUGCACAGCUGUACAGCACUGACCCAUAUUUGUAUUUUGUUUGCAAUAGAACCUGCUUUUAGAGUGAUUUUUCCCAAAUUGUAUAUUAUUUACAGCAUAAUUAUGAUAUUUAAUGGACGUACUGCAGCACUAUACAAGAAGAUAUACAAACCAUGACAUGGUGUUGGUGGAAUUUUAAUAAAUUUUCAAAAAAGCAAUGCAAAAACUCAA